ACAAACAAUUAAUUUAUAUGUGAAUUUUUUGUAAUAAUUGGACUAAAAAUUGUAGUACUUGAUUAUUAAAAAUUUCAGAGCUAUUAUUGAACAGAAAAUUAAGUCAUUGUACUUUUUGUAGGACAUAAUGCAUGUCUGUUAUUUUUAUUUCAGAAUGAAGGCUAUGAACUUAAAUUGCACUUUGUAUUUAUUAGCAAUAUUAUUUCAAAUUAUUUAAGAUAAGAGAAUAUUUAUAUAUACAUAUACAGACAUUAUAAUUAAAUACAUAUUUUUCCUAUACAUAGUAUUAUCAGAAGAAUGUCAAUUUAGACAUCAAAUUUUAAUGAUAUAUACUAUAUCAUUAAAAGUGUUAUUACAAAUGUUAAUUUCAAUCACAAAAAAUGUAGAUAAUAUUAAAAUACUUUUAUUUUCUUUAUGUUACAGAAUAUGUAUGUGUAUAUACUAAAAUGUAACAAAUUGUAUAUAAUAAUGAAUAUAUCAACAGUGGGAUGGAGUAGGGGUAGGGGAACUGAAAAGUGGGUAACAGAAGAAGGUUAUUGUUGGUUGUAUUCAUUAUUAUUCUAUUCAUCUUUAAUAUGUAAUAUAGUUCCAAUAUAUUAUUAAAAUGUUAUAAAUACAAAAGGUAGUGCUAAUAGUGAAGAAGUACAAACAUUAAAACAAUAUUUAAAUUUUAAUUUUUUACUACCAAAUGUUACUAUGUAAGCUCUUCGAUCAUGAAAAUAUGUAAAGAAGAAAUUUAAAAACCUACACAUUUAUAACAGAAAGAGAUAAUAAUUAUAAUGCAUUUAAAAAAAGGAUAAUUCAGUGCUUUUAUAGAUAUGGGAAUAAAAGUUAUUUUUGUGAUAUUUAGUAUUAGUAUGACAAUUAUUUUAUUUUUUACUGUGUUAAAAACAGAUUUUGCAAGCAAUACAGAAAAGGAAUUAAAAACUUUAUACAAUGCAAGUUUAGCAGAAAAAUAUAUUUCUUUAAUUUCAAAAUUCGUUAUAGAACCAAUAUGCAGUUCUAAUUUUAUAAUUUGGAUUGUUACAUCUUCUGCAAAUAAUCCUUUGCAAAGAACAGCUGUGAGACGUGCAUAUCCAAAUGAAAUGUUAAAGAGUUUGGGUAUUAGAAGAGUUUUUUUGUUAGGAAUACCUAAAGAGGAAAAUAUGUGGAAAUACAUUUUUAAAGAAUCUCAAAUAUACAAUGAUUUGCUACAAGGAAGCUUUUUAGAAGAUUAUCGAAAUCUUACUUUGAAGCAUUUAAUGGGCUUAAGAUGGGCAUCAAAAAAUUGUAAAGCUACUUUCCUAAUAAAAACUGAUGAUGAUAUUGUGUUAAAUAUGUUUGAAGUAUUAAGAGUUUUACAUAAAAAGGAAGUAAAUAAAAAUGCUAUAUCUGGAUAUGUUUUAAGAAAAAUGAAACCAGUACGAACAUUGAAUAGUAAAUGGUUUGUAACUAAAGAAGAUUUUUCAGGAGAUACUUAUCCUGAUUUUCUUUCUGGUUGGUUUUAUAUAACUAGUUUAAAAAAUGCACAACUGUUAGUCUCUGCAAGUAAACAAGUUGGGAACUUUUUCUGGAUAGAUGAUGUAUACAUCACUGGCAUCUUAAGACAAGAAUGUGAUAUUACAGUUGAAGAAUUAAACAACUUUUAUGCAACCGAUUAUAGGUAUUUGGAAUGUUGUAUUCAAGGUAGAAAGAAGAAACUUAAAUGCGAAUUUAUGGCAGGACCUGACGGUGGUAAAAAAGAAUUACAUAUUAAAUUUAGAGAAUUUUCUGAAUUUUGUGAGUCAAAUUGUUCUGAAAGAAUGAAAGAACAAUUGGUAUCAAGAACUUGUGUAGCUGCCUAUGAAGAAAAAAUAAAUGUUGAAGAUUUUAAAGUGCAAGUUAAUUAUAUCUAAUAUUUACAAAAACAAAUAUUAUAAAAAUGUUUUAUAAUAAAACCAUUUUGUUAUGUGUUUAUA